UGGUCUCCACUCAACGUCCUGUGACAAAGAAUAGAAUUAAAGAAGUGAUACUUAUUGAAUCGAAGUCAAAACUCAAACGAUGAAGUUAGCGAUUCUAGACAACUAUGUCAAGGUCAGUGAAUGGGCAGCCAAGUACAUCAAAAGGAGGAUCCUAGACUUCAACCCUGGACCUGACAACUUCUUCACACUGGGUCUACCGACAGGAAGCACACCACUAGGGACAUACAAAAAACUGAUAGAAUUCCACAAAGCUGGGGCCCUGAGUUUCAAGUACGUCAAGACGUUCAACAUGGAUGAAUAUGUUGGACUUCCAAGAGAUCACCCAGAGAGUUAUCAUUCCUUCAUGUGGACCAAUUUCUUUAAACACAUCGACAUCCAGCCAGAAAACGCCCACAUUCUGGACGGCAAUGCCCCAGACGUCAUGAAGGAAUGCGAUGAUUUUGAGAGGAAGAUUGCAGAGUCAGGAGGCAUUGAAUUGUUUGUUGGGGGAAUUGGGCCAGAUGGUCACAUUGCCUUCAAUGAGCCUGGGUCCAGUCUUGUGUCCAGAACCAGGAUUAAGACCCUCAAUAAGGACACUAUCAUGGCUAACGCUCGCUUCUUUGAUGGUGACAUGUCUAAGGUCCCCCGCCAGGCCCUCACAGUGGGUGUGGGUACAGUAAUGGAUGCUAGGGAGGUCAUGAUUCUGAUUACGGGGGCACACAAGGCACUGGCCCUCCACAAAGCUAUCGAGGAAGGGGUGUGUCACAUGUGGACUGUCUCCGCCUUCCAGCAGCAUCCCCGUUCUAUUUUUGUUUGUGAUGAGGAUGCCACGCUAGAACUGAAAGUCAAAACCGUCAGAUACUUCAAGGACUUGAUGACCAUUCACAACCAACUUGUUGAUGACCCAGUAAAUGACAAGAUCAAGGGUGUUAAGUCCAGCUAAGUCCUGUUGGUCAUUACCAUGGCAGGAAACUGUAAGGUCUACUAUGGCUGUACAACAGCUGGUUUUACAAGCUAGUUUUGCUAGACAUUAUUGAUUGGUGCUUAACAUUUUCAUUUAAAUUUUUAAGUCUUAAGUUUACUAUCUCUGUUCUGUAUAUUCUGCUCCAUUAUUUUUUUUGUAUAUUAAUCAUUAUAUUUAGCAUUAUUUAGUCAACAAAAAUUACCUCAAGUAGAAUGCAAUAUUUACAUACAUAAUUUUACCGCAGGUAGAGAUAAUUUAUCUGUACCUAUGUUAUUUUUAUUUUCAAUUAGAUCUUUUAAUGUAGUGCUUUUCCAGCAUAUUGGUAAUCAAAAUUGUCAUAUUAUAUAAAAUGUCCAUUUUUGUAAUGUUUGUUAAACAGGAAUUUUCUUUGCCAAAGCCUGUCUCAUAAAUCACCAGAUCUGAGUAACUGAUGUAUGGGUUAUCUCCCUUUUUCAAAUAAUGACUGUAUCCUAUUCUUGUAUCCUACUUGUUUGUAUCCUUAGUACAUGUAUGUUUGUAUUAUAUUUUCAAUGACCCCCUGCCACACUGUAACUAAAUCUAAUAAAAAGGUUGUGUGCAUAACUACAUAACUGCUUACCAGAAAUUCAGGGUAAAGAAUCAUAGAAAGGCUAGUUUUAGUAUAAACAACAUUCCAAAUUUGUUGUAUGAUGUCAUUUUGAAUAAAUAAAGGCUAUAAAGAAGUGAAAA